AUGUUCAUUUCUUCUACAGACAGGACCCUGUCACUCAGUCUAGAAUCUGUAAAGCCUGCAAGUUGUCAGACACAUGCAUUUAAUGAGCAUACCAUCAUUUAUUUGGAAGAAGCAGAGCACAACCACUGGCAUGUCCAUGCUUCAUUGCAUUUGAAAACAUUUUUGGAUGAUGGCUGGAUGAUCACGACCUUGCAUCAACAGCUCAAGGAUCCGGCUUACACCUUGGACUCACUCGGUACUCCCCCAAGUCCUAGCUCACUCACCAGUACCAUCCUGUUAGCUCCAGAUGACGUACUGCCUAACUUUACCCUGGAUAAAAUGCACAAACAGAUCGUGAGAUUUAUCAUUGCCAAUGAUCAGUCAGUAAUUGCUUUCAGGCAAUCAGCAUUAUUGAAUGCCCAGAAUUUCGCUGCCUGA